ACCUUUGCACAUAAUUCAAUUUCACUUUUCCCAACAACAAAAAAACUGCUCAAAGAAAAAGUGAAUAAUCACAACUCUCCUUUACCACCUUCAUCUUCAAUUUUCUCUUCUAAUUUUCAUUAUUUCAGAUGAAAAUCUCAAUUUGUACUAGCCAUGUUGGAUAUACCAAUUUCUCUUUGUGAAAUUUGUCUUACUCUUUUUAGAUUCAUAACUGAUCCCUGGCCUUUUUCUUAGAAAUAAAAAUUUCUUUCUUAUUUUAUUUUUCUGCUACGGUAAUUAAAAAAUGCGCAGAUUUCGAGGUUUCGUCCUCAAACACCGAAUCACCACACUUUUCCGGUGUGUUUACCGGCGACGGCGUUUUCCGGCGAAGUACCGCCGGCUGGACAGACAUCCGAGCUGGGGUUCGAAUUCAAUUUCUAAGUUCUUAAACUGGACCCGCCGUCUCAAAACGAGAGCUAAGGCUAUUUGCAGCAAGGGUAAUUAUUCCGGGUCGGGUCGGGGUUACAUACAUGUCGGGCAAGACCCGAUUAAAGAGGAAAGUGUGCCGAAAGGUCACUUAGCGGUUUAUGUGGGUCGGAAAGACGGUGAUUAUAAACGAGUUUUGGUACCGGUAAUUUAUAUAAAUCAUCCUUUGUUUAGUGAAUUGUUAAGAGAAGCUGAAGAAGAAUACGGGUUUGAUCACCCGGGUGGUAUAACGAUUCCUUGUCGGAUCUCGGAGUUUGAGCGUGUUCAGACCCGGAUUGAACAGGGUCGGGUCGGUUGACCCGGAGAAGGUGUGAACAUGGAGGUGGUGACUGGUGAUGCAUGCAAAUAUCAUUUUGAUAAUGACGAUAAUUAUUAAGAGAUUUUUGUAGUUUUUAUUAUUUUCUUUUUUAAUUUUUAAUUUUCGGAGGUUUUAUUUGUGAUGUAAGAGUAGUUUGUGGAUGUGUACAGUAUUUAUAUAGGAAACUUCCGAUCUCUUUCCUGUUUUUA